UCCGCCACCAUGGCCUCCUCGCCGGGCCCUUCCCCCCUCGCCGCCCUCCUGCUCUGCGCCCUCUUCACCGCCUCCGCCGCGUCCCGCUUCGCCCCGGCGGACAACCACCUCAUCGCCUGCGGCGCCACGGCCCCGGCCCUCCUCCCAGACGGCCGCCGCUUCAUCCCGGACUCCGGCUGCGCAUCCACGCGCCUCCGCUCCCAAUCCCCCACCCUCCCCGCCACCGCCCCCAACCCACCCUCGCCGCCGCCGUCCCCUCUCCACGCCGCGGCGCGCGUCUUCUCCUGCCACGCCUCCUACGACCUGGCCAUCCGCCGCCGCGGGCACCACGUCCUGCGCCUCCACUUCUACCCCCUCGACUCAACCCUCGCCUCCGCCCGCUUCCACGUCGGCGCGGGGGACUUCCUCCUCCUCCACAACUUCACCGCCUCGUCCCCCACCAUCAAGGAGUUCCUGCUCCCCGUCCACACCGACGUCCUCGCCCUCACCUUCGUCCCCGACGCCGGAUCCGCCGCCUUCGUCAACGCCAUCGAGCUCUUCUCUGCGCCCGAGGAGCUCGUCGGCGACAUCGGCACCCUCGUCGCCGCCAACGCCACCAACCAAACCACCGGCCUCUCGUCCCACGUCCUCGAGACGCUCUACCGGGUCACCGUGGCCGGGCACAAGGUCACGCCCUUCAACGACACGCUCUGGAGGACAUGGGUCAACGACGAGGGCUUCCUCGUCCACAACGAAUCAUCCGGUACCAAGCCAUGGUCAUUCGGUGGCCGGAUUGCCUACCCCAAGGAUAGCAGGCAGAUGACCCGGGAGGUGGCUCCCGACAACGUCUACAGCUCCGCGAGGUCCGUGGAUUCAGAGGGCAGUGUGACAUGGGGCUUCCCGGUGCCUGCCGGAAACCGGUACCUAGUGCGCAUGCACUUCUGCGACAUCGUGAGCAAGGCGAUGUACCAGCUCUACUUCAACAUCUAUGUCAACGGUCGUCUCGCCGUGAAGGAUUUCGACAUUUCCGGCACCACCGGGUACUUGGCCUAUCCGUAUUACAUCGACUUUGUUGUGGACGUUGAGGAUGAAGGGAUGCUGAAGCUGGCCAUUGCUGGCUCGAAGAUGAGCCGGCCUGGAGAAGCGAGUGGGUUACUGAAUGCGGUCGAGAUAAUGAGGAUGAACAAAACGGGCGGCGGCAUGGACGGGGAUUUCCCAGUCAUCCUGGACAUGGACUAUCUGCUCAGUAAGGGGAUUGGGGAAUUUGCUCGCUCGCUGCUAUGUGGUUUGGUCUUCGCGGGGCUGUUCUUGGCUUUGGUCACGCUGGUGCUGAGGUUGAGGACUGAGCUGAAAAAUAACGGCACGCUUUGGUCUCGCCAGUCAGUUGAUUCUGGUGAUGGCAAGUUGGCUAGAGCAUAUCAGCUUGUGCCCACCAAGACAGACUAUUGAGCAGCGUGAGGUUUCGAGGAGCUUCAGACCGCCGCAGUUAUGCGAAGCUAAUGACUUAAUGUUGUGCUUUGGUUGUAAGUAUUGUAGUUUACUAGUUUUACACUUCUACUCCUUUCAUGGUUGAAGUCUCAAUUGUUUGAGCUUGGCCAAUGCAGAACACGGUAAUUGUGUGUACUUUAGAUGUGCUUGUAUUACUACUCCUUUGCUAUUAUCUAUCCAAUGGCAAUAAUUGUCAUAUGCUGGAAUACCUGUCUGUGACUUAACCCAUGGUAGUGUAGUACUAUAAUAUCAAUAUGCUCUUAGCAGAA